CACAGCUUCAAUGGCGCCUCUAUUGCAGAUCUUGGAGCCGUAAGAUUUCGGGAAAACCCGAAAUAUUCUCUCUCCUUUCCAAGAUUCUUCCGUUGUCUCUGCAGAUUUGCACGAGAUCGACGAAGUUUUUUCGUACUUCCUGCCUGCUUAACGUGGAACUUGGAUUGAUUUGAAGGCCGAACGACAUUCUUUUUGAGCUAGUUUUGAGUUUGCUUCGUUGUAGAGGCUCUGCUAGUCCUUCUGCUACUGAAUCUUUGAUGCUGUCUAGUGGUUGUCAUUGUUUGAGCUCUCCAAGCACAUUAAUUUCUUUAUAUGGAGUUUUGGCGCUGUUCAAGGCGUUUUUCUGGUUUUAAAGAGAUUUGAUUGGAUUCUGAGGAAGUUAUUGGAAGAAGCUUUGAUUCUGCUUUCUUUGUGGCUGUUUGAGGAGAUUUGGUUGGAUUCGGGGGGGAUUACAUUUGAAGAAAUCUCAGGAGUAUUCCUCGUUAGCUCUGUUUUAUAUUGCUUUAUAAGAUUCAGUGGCUGUUUGGCUCUGAGGUGCUGGAUCAGAGUGGUGAGGCCAUGGUGUAGCGGCUGAUAUGGAUGACCGUGGUGAAUCAUUCGUCGCUGUGAGGAGGAUUUCUCAGGGGUUGGAACGGGAUAGCUCUUGCCACUCACCAUCCGCUGAGGUUGUGGCAGGAUCGACAGCAUGGCUUGGCAGAGGCCUGUCUUGCGUUUGCGUUCAGAGAAGAGACAGUGAUGGUCGCCCAUCAUUUGAUUUAACCCUUGCACAGGAAGAAUGCUUGCAGAGGCUGCAGAGCCGCAUAGACGUUGCCUUUGAUAGUUCGAGGCCUGAACAUGAGGAAGCCUUAAGGGCUUUAUGGCACGCUGCCUUUCCUGAAGAAGAACUUUGUGGUUUAAUAUCUGAGCAGUGGAAGGAAAUGGGUUGGCAGGGAAAAGACCCAUCUACAGAUUUCAGGGGUGGUGGUUUCAUAUCGUUGGAGAAUCUAUUGUUCUUUGCCAGGAACUAUUCGAAAUCAUUCCAGAACCUUCUCCAAAAGCAGGAAGGGGUCCGGUCCAUGUGGGAGUACCCAUUUGCAGUAGCUGGAGUAAAUAUCACAUUCAUGCUCAUUCAGAUACUUGAUCUGCAAGCUGUCAAACCAAGAACGCUAGUUGGGGCGAUUUUCUUGAAGUUACUUUCAGAAAAUGAGUCAGCAUUUGACCUUCUCUAUUGUAUAGCAUUCAAGCUAAUGGAUCAGCAGUGGCUUACUAUGCGUGCUUCUUAUAUGGACUUCAAUUCUGUGAUGAAAUCCACACGCCGACAGCUGGAGAUGGAGCUACUGCUUGAAGAUAUCACACGGCUAGAGGACAUGCCUUCAUACAACCUCCUCAGAUAGUCUUUUAUUCCUUUUUGAGAAGUAUACAGACAGCUUCAGGAU